ACAAGCGGCUGCAGGCUGCACUUAUGUACUUAUUGUUAGUAAAUUUUUGUGUUUUUCAAGGCAGAAGUGGAACACGCUGACCACAACCUCGUUUCUGUGAUUCGGACGGGUUCCGCUGUCCACAAUUCUUCGCCUACAGUGUGAAUUAAGUUGAUGAACCAUGCCCUACUGGUACUACGACAAGAAGGAGCUGCGCAACACGCCGUCGAUCCAGGAUGGCAUCGACUUCGACACUGAGAGCCGGUACCGCAAGGAGGGUGCCCGCUUCAUCAUCGACACAGGAACCAAAAUGGACCUGGGCUACAACACCAUUGCCACAGGUGUCGUCUAUUUCCACCGUUUUUACAUGUUCCACUCAUUCAGAGCCUUUCCUCGCUACCAGGUUACAGCGUGUUGCUGUCUUUUCUUGGCCGGCAAGGUGGAGGAGACUCCGAAGAAGUGCAAGGAUAUAAUUAGGACGGCUCGCAGUCUCUUGACGGAGUCAAAGUUUAUGCAGUUCGGAGAAGAUCCUAAGGUGCACACUUAUUUAUCUAAUUGGCAGGAAGAGGUGAUGACCCUGGAGCGUAUCCUGCUGCAGACGAUUAAAUUCGACCUGCAAAUCGAGCAUCCCUACCAGUACCUGUUGAAGUACGCCAAAGCCCUGCAGGGCGACAAAGUCAAAUUGCAGAAAAUGGUCCAGAUGGCCUGGACGUUCAUUAAUGACAGCCUCUGCACCACCCUAAGUCUGCAGUGGGAGCCAGAGAUCUUAGCAGUCGCGCUCAUGUAUCUUGCCAGCAAGCUUAGCAAAUUUGAGGUUGAAUCGUGGGUUGGACGCAAGAUCCAUCAUCUUAGGUGGUGGGACCUGUUUGUCGAGGACAUCACAAUGGAUCUCUUGGAAGAUAUUUGCCACCAAGUUCUGGAUCUUUAUUCAAAACCGAAAGUUACUCCACCGGCUGUGUCGCCACCUCUGGCUGCGUCGACCAUCAAGCCGAUUCCCCCUCCCUCCUUGAAGAGAGGCCUUGACCCAGCUGGUUCAGCCAAAAUGCUGAAAGAAGAAAUGGCGGACGUGAAAGAUGAGGCCAAGCUGCCUCCUGAGCUGUUGGUGCCGCCGCCGCACAUCAUGCCGCCGGUGGGGCCACCCCCGGGUAUGCCCCCAACCAAUGUGCCGCCGCCCAACAUGUACCAACACCCACCGCCGAACCACCACCCUUACCCUCCGCCCCUGAUGGGCUCCGGGCCUGCGGCGCCCCCGUUUCACUUCUCGCACUACGUCAUGCCGCACCAGCAACCGACUCUGCCUGGUCAGGCACCCUAUUUUAAGCCGCCCUACUAUGAGAAAUGACUAGUGUAUCCAGAGAGUCGCGUUUUAUAAGUAACUAGGAAUAAAUUUUCAAACUUAUUUUAUA